ACGCGUUUAGACAGCGCUCAAAUAGUUUGGGGAUGCUCGACUGGAGACAAGAAGGAGUAACGCAAAAUGUUCAUCGGUUAGUGGAUACUCUAUCCUGGACUAUCUAACAUCUUGUUUUUAUAAAAAAGAGGAGAGAAAAGUUUUCUUCAAGAAUUAAGGGAGUUUUUGUUCUAAACCAAAAUCAUGUUCACAUCCUACAUAAAGACUCUCAAUGAUAUGGUAUUUUCUACGUCUGACAGCCCUGAGGAGCAGCCGAGUACCGGAGUCUUGGGCCGUAUUGGCAGUUGGUUCUCUCCUUGGAGGGGAAAUUCUCCAAAAUCCCUGGAUGGAAAUGACCUUUCAGCUUCUGAUUUCACUCAGGGAGCAGAAGGUGAAGUAAAGGGCGAGGCUUAUGUGAGACUCAGAGCAGAGGAGCAACAUUAUCAAGAGGGGGAUACUAGUUCACUUGGCCGCCUUAAAGAGUUUCUUCCUUGUAAAGAGAAGGACGCCACUCAGUCUGCCCACAGAGAGGACUCAGUUCUGUGCAGCACUGAGACAGGAGAGGGAGGUUCAAAGGAGGAGGAGCUUGCAGAGGGGUGGAAGCAAAGAAGGCAGGGCGAAGAUACAGAGAACAGCAACACUCCUUCAGCUAGUGGGAAUCCUGAAAGGAAUUUCAAUAAUUCGACACAUCUUUCAUCUUCGUCUAAUCAGGGAGUGGCGUGGGACUUUGACCAGGCACCCACCCAUCCACAUGCACUGAGAAAAGCACAGGCUCAGACAGGUAAAAGGCUCCAUGUGUACCUGGAGGAGACUAGUGUGAUCCAAUGUGGCCAGAACACCUGUGCUGGAAAGGAAGUUAUUCGCAAAACAGUCAAAAAGACCUUACAGGUCCCCCGUAACUCAAAGUUAUCACAAAGCUUUGAUUUAGUUACAAGCUCAAGUCCAACAAAUGCUGAAAAAAAUGUGAGCCAGGCUGCUGGAGCACAAAGUUUUUACAGUGUUCUAGGGGGAGUGUCACUAAAAACACACAAAGACUUGUGUUUAGAGACCGAGACUGAGCCAACAGAGGCAGACGACAUGGGGCGUAAAAACGCAGGCAGAAGAAGAGUCAGGAAGAAUUCUCAAGGAAAUGGAGUCAAAAGCCCCACAGACAAAAGCCCUCAACCAAACACUCAACCAGCAGAUGGAUGUCCUCUACCAGGCACCUCUGCAGACAGUCCACAAGGCAAAAUUUCAAACGCUGACCUUAAAGAAAUAUCCACAGACUCCUCCUCUAGGCUAGGCCCCUCCUUACAGGUCUCACCUGAAGGAGGAGAAAGCAAGUUUCCUUCCAAAGAUAUGGUCAAGCAGUUGGACCGGCUCCAGAACUCAAUCACAGUCUCUAUGGCCGACCAAACGGACAAGGUGGACGUGGGAGCAGACAUGGAAGAGGAUGAGAGACUUUACAAGGUACAGAGGAAGACAGAGACCCCAGAGUCUAAACGCAGGAGUAUUAAGGUUUCCAAAAGUGAAGUUAAGAUAUUUCCAAAAAAUGUUCCUCUUGAACCAAAACAAAAUGCAAGACAAGAUCAGCGGGAUUUCAACAAUGCUUUAAAAGACAUCGCAGAAGAAGAAAAGCCCAAAACUGAGAAGGAUGCAAGCCCCCCUCACCCAAAAAAGGUUGUUGAAGAGCCCAAACCUGUUGGUGGCCGGAUUGCAGAUAAAAUCAACCUAUUUGAGCCAAAAAAACGAGAUAGGGGUUUCAACAAGACCUUCCAGACACCGAGAAGUGCAGAUGUCUCUCCAAACAGAACUGUCUCACACAAGUUUCAAGCAGACUUUCUUUUGUCUGAGCAGAGGUCAAAAUCUGCUGAACGUUGCGGCAGCCCAGUGUCAGGUGAUGGUGAGAAACCAAUGACCAUCAAGGAGCGUGUGAGAAAAUUUGCAGAAGCAUCAAACUUAAAACCAAAACCAGGACCACCUCAAAUGCCACAUUUAAAAGGAACAACUCAAAGUUCCUACUCUUCUGUGGCAGUUCCAGUAUCAAAGUCGUCAGAACUGGACAUUCAGGAUAAACUAGAUACGAAACAGUUAGUUCAUACAAAACCAAAGUCAGAGAUAACACCAAAACCAGAUGGACAGGAUUGUUCCACCACAAGGGUGCAGAUGCCCACUGAGAAAGAGGAUUUAGCAGAUUUGGAAGAUGCUACAAAUAACAUGACACAACAGCCCAAAAGUCCAAGCAGGUCUAAAAGAAGGAAAAAUAAAGAAAUGGAUAAUCAAGUCAGCUCAGAGAUACCAAUCCAUGAGGAAAAUUCAGAGGAACAACUUCCAACGAUAACCACAUUACCACCUGAAAAACUCCAGAGAGACAAUUCAGGGUCCCAGCCUAUGUCUAAAUCUAAUCAAGAGGAAAUUAAAAAUGAACCAGAGCAAGCUGCUGAAUCACCUUUUACCAGAGAUGAACCUGAUAUUGCUAGCUUUAGCAAGGAAACAAAAGGGGCCUUUGAAAAGGAUGCUGACAUUUUACCUGCACCAGAGAAAAAAGCAGAAGAAAAUAGCCUUACAUCAACUCAAGACAGACAAAACUCCUCGGAGGACAGUAGUGAAACUUCAACCUCUUCCUCAUCAACAGCUCCUUCAUCUGAACAUCUUAAAAUGCCUCCGGCAGCAGAUCUGCAGUUGUCUGCUAAAAAAUCCAAACUAGAUGAUGAUUUAUCUAUGCAUCUCAGAUCAUCCAGUAAGCAGGAAGGAUGCACAUCGGCUAAAGGUGAAGCGGAACAAAGCCAGCUUCCUUCAAGCACAGGCACAGUGCUAAUAUAUCAAGCUGAGACUGAAGAUGUGAAAAAAAUUGAAAUAAUGAACAAUGGAAAUGUACAUCUUCCUGAGGGGAGAGAAAAGACUCAGCAGCAUCUGCCUUCAGACACUCGUCCUACAAUGGAUAGUAUUUCAGACAGCAGGCAAGGUAUAAGAUUGAAAGAGCAAAGUGCUGAAGAACCAAACCCGCCUGAAAAAAACGGUCAAAUAUCAGAAAAUUCCAUGGGAUCAUCAGCCCUCCAUGUAGAAACACAAAAACCCACUGAGGCGUUGACUGUACCUGAAGAGAAAGCUGCUAUUUGUACAAUCACCUCGACUAAUGAGGCUGUGAGUGCGACAGAGAGUGAUAAAGAGCCACAGAAGGCAGAGACAGUCACAAAUGUGCCUCCUGAGUCACAAACAGAACUCACUGAGAGCCCUGGAAUACAAAGUGAGUUGGUGGCCAGAGUAGGCAUUGUCAAUUCUGUAUCCAUGGAAAAAACAGAGAAUUCACUUUAUGAGUCAUGCACACAUGGAGCUAAUGAUGCUGAGGUCUCAAAGUCCGAACCUAUUACCAAAGCAUCUACACCAGAUGAAGGAGUGAGUGCAAAAGACACUAAUGAAACUCUUAUGGAGAUACCUGCUCAGGUUAAUGUGACAUUCAAGGAAAAGACAGAUUCAGUUGGUGAAGAUUAUUCUUGUAUUCCUGACAAUGAAUCUAAAUUCAGCAAAGGUCUUAGAGAAGAGGACAGGGAAAAAGGUGCUGCUCUGCUAUCAGUGCAAGAAAACAUAAAAAAAAUCAGAAAGCCAACUCUUUGGUCUGAGGAUUCAAAAAGCACCGACAGUAGGAUUAAUGUCUCCUCACUCAGGGAUGCAGAGAAAAUAACUCAAAGCCCCACUGAUAGCAUCACACUUCACUUGACAGGUAAUGAAAUGGAAAAAGCAGCAGAGAAAAGAUUCACUCUGCCGGCAAAAACCCUCACACCUGUUGCUAAUGGUGUUAUUCCUUCACAUUCUCAACUCCACCAAGUCAUAAAGGAGCCAACAAAUGACAUGCUGAGUCCAACUCCGAAAGCUCCUCUACCACCAGGAGCUAAUUAUUCAUCUAUGAGGAGACUCAAUUUACCAAAGGAGCUUAUGAACAAUAACUCCCCCGAGAAGCAAGAAACACCAUCCAGCUGGCUAGAUGUAGAUGUUCCCAAGCGCAAGCUGAAAGUACAAGAGGCAAAGCUGACCUCUUCUGGAAGUGAGAGCAACCUGUUGGAUACUCCUGGUGAACUUGAUGAUGACGAUUUUGUUGAAAGAAUAAAGAAACUCUGCGCCCCAUUUUCUGUUCCGCCCCGUAAGCACAACCACCUUCGGACACCCCAGCCUCCCUUUGCAAUGCCGGCCAUUAAGGAGGCCCGCUUUGAGAAGACAUUUGACCCUGAGGAGUUCACAUUUGGCUUGAGGAAGAAGAAAGAGCUUACUUUUGAUACAACUCCAAGCCUUUUAGCCAAGUUGCAGAGCACAGAGACGAAAUCUGGCUUGAUACCCGCCAGAGCAAGCUUUGUUGACAGGAGCCUGCUACUCAGCAGCCUUGAUUCUCAUCCUCGUCUCAAGGAAAAGGAUGUUGAAAGGGUUGAGGAAGAGGGAAAAGAAGAGAAAGAGGAUCAAAUAAAAGUUAAAUCUCGCUUGGAGAGAAGCGGCCUCCUCAGCAGUCUAACCUCCUCUCUCAUUAGAGGUAAGAGGAAUGGAGUUCAGUCUCCAGCUGAAGGCUCCAGCUCAGACAGCGUGUUGCCUAGUGAAACCCCCCAGCUCAGCUCUCUAACUUCACCCCAGCCGGCCCCUCAAAGCCCAACAGCCUCAGAUACAAUCAAAAACACAGCUGUGAAGCAGAGCGGAGAGGAAAGCCGUGCAGCAGAAACUGUGGUCAAUGACUCAGUUCCUCCACUUCCGGCUUUUAACGACAUCAAGCUGCCUGACUAUUUAGAGAAGUACCGCCCACAGGAACAAGCAAAAGCAGUACCCGGAUUACAAGAACAGGACCAAGUCAAACCAGAGCUUACGGGCAAAAUGGAAUCUCUGCUUUCUGGAGGUAUUGCAGAGGGAAUUACAAAACCAGCUCUGGUGCUUCCUGACUCAGCUGCUCCACUUUUCCCUGGGAUUUCACCAACCACACAACCUAGGCAUCUAUCUAAGGAUCCUUUGACCAAACCCUACGAGGCACUCAGAAACACUAUAAGAGCCGUCAAGGGAUUUCAUACACGCCCUGGAAAGAUUGUGUUGUUUGAAAAACCCCAGUUCAGUGGCCAAGCAUAUGAGAUUUACAGGGAUAUGGCAGAUGCUUCGUCUCUGGAGCUCUCACCUCUCAUAUCAGUGAAUGUUAUAAGGGGAUGCUGGAUCCUCUACGAGAAACCUGACUUUCAGGGACGCGUCAUUGCCUUAGAAGAAGGUGGACUAGAUUUGGAAAAUAUGUGGGCAGACCCUGGACAAACAGAAGCAGAAAACAGCCUGUUUGUUAUUGGUUCCAUUCGACUUGCUAUCAGGGAUUAUAGCAUCCCUCAUAUUGAUCUGUUUACUGAACCAGAGGGCCUUGGCAGACUAACGUCUUACCAUGAUGAUACUAUAGAAACAGGCUCAUUUGGUAUCCCGCUGAAUACUGCUUCCAUCCAAGUGCACUCUGGAGUGUGGUUGCUUUUUAGUGAUCCAGGAUUUCAAGGCAUGGUUGGGGUGCUUGAAAAAGGAGUGUAUCCUGUUCCUGAGGCUUGGGGCUUUACUUCACCAUUUGUGGGAUCUCUUAGACCACUAAAAAUGGGUGGCUUUAAAGUGGAGAAUCCAAACGAAGUUAAGGCCCUGGUGUAUGAAAAGCCAGGCUUUAUGGGCUCCUGCUUGGAAAUUGACAGUGACGUCUCGAGCUUUUUUGAGACAGAAGGAGGCUUCACUGCAGACCCAGCAAACUUUGAUACAACUGCACUCAAAUCUGUGGGAUCUUUAAAGAUUACUGGAGGAUUCUGGGUGGGCUACAAUCAGCCUGGGUUCGAGGGUCAACAGCACAUCCUGGAGGAAGGGGAGUACCUGGACUGCAGUGAAUGGGGAGGCUCUGAGCUUCUGUCUCUACGACCAGUAAUAUCUGAUUUUCUGUCUCCACACCUGAAACUGUUCAGGGACAAAAACUUUGGCAAGCUUGGAGGGAACAUGGACCUCACUGUGCCUGUUAUCAACAUGGAUGAAACUGAGUGCGGCAUGAAAACGCAGUCCAUUGAUGUCACUAGUGGAGUCUGGGUUAUAUUUGAAGAGCCAGCCUUCUGUGGUGAGUCCUACAUCCUGGAGAAAGGCCUGUAUGGGAGCCCGGAGGACUGGGGUGCACUUCAGCACAAAGUUGGCUCAGUUAUGCCUAUCCUACUGGAUGAUUUUGAAAACACACCCAAGUUUAAGGUGCAGCUUUUCUCAGAUUCUGGUUUCCAGGGCUCUGUCCUUGUCCUGGAGGACAGUACAAACUGCCUGCAGGAUGGUUUUUCAGUUGGUUCCUGCAAGGUCCUGGCAGGGAGCUGGGUGGCAUUUGAAGGGAAGAACUUCACAGGAAAGAUGUAUGUGUUAGAAGAAGGAAGCUACCCAGAUCUGAGGGCGAUGGGCUGUGUCGGUGGGAGCUCAUCAAUCCUGUCACUGCAGACUGCUGGCUUUGAGUUUUCUCUGCCAUCCAUCACUCUCUUCGAGCGUUGCGGUUUGCGGGGGAAGAGGGUGCUUCUCACCGAAGGAUCAGUCAACCUUCAGCUGGCUGGAGGCUGCAGCCGAGUGCAGUCUGUGCUGGUGGAAGGGGGCAUGUGGAUAUUAUAUGAGGGAGUCAACUAUCGAGGUGCUCAGAUUUUGUUGAAACCUGGAGAGGUUCCUAACUGGCAGAAGCUCAGCAGCUGGCCGAAGAUUGGAUCUCUCCGCCCCCUCCUACAGAAACAAGUUUACUUCCGUCUAAGGAACCGGCGGACGAGGCUAAUGAUGUCACUGACCGGAGAUUUAGAUGAAAUCAAACUGCUGCGGAUACAAGAAACUGAAGAGACGGAUGGAAUGGAUCAGAUAUGGUCCUACCGGAACGGACAUUUACACUGCAGGCUGUUGGAGGAUUGCUGCCUGUGUCCUAGUGGCACUGUCAUAAUUGCUGGAAGCCGAGUGGGUCUUUCACAGGAGUUCAACAACCAAAUCCCCCUCUGGAGUAUCACCCCUGAGGGCUUCAUUCGCUACAGCCCCACUGCUGAUCUCGUCCUGGAAGUCAAAGGUGGAACUCACUACGAUAAAAAUCAAGUCGUUCUGAACCCUCUUGACCCAAGUAAACUACAGCAGAGGUGGGAUGUGGAGAUCAUUUAAAUGGAUUCGCUGGAACUUUUCCUAAUUAUUCAGGAGAACUUUUAGAAGCUUAAAGGAUGAGUUUCAGCUCCAGAGCUGCACAACCUUUUGAUGAAGAGGUCAACCUGGAGAGAUAAUUUUCUAAGAAUGGAUUAUUACCAG